GAGGGAGAGAGAGAGAGAGAGAGAGAGAGAGAGAGAGAUCGUCUGAGGUUCAUGCAUGGUUGAGGUUGUAAAGAUAAAAAGGGAUGGGGUUCUGGUCAUUGUUAGAGGUGGCUUCCAUGCCAGUGAUCCAAGUUCUGAUCAUGAGCCUUGUGGGAGCUUUCAUGGCGGCUGAUUACUGCAAACUUCUCACAGUAGAAGCUCGCAACUCCAUGAACAAGGUAGUGUUUGUAGCGUUUGCGCCUUGCCUCAUGUUUGCUAAUCUGGCAAAGACGGUCACGCUCGAGGACAUGGUAUCAUGGUGGUUUAUGCCGGUGAACAUGGGGCUUACCUUCCUGAUCGGAGGAAUUCUUGGUUGGAUUCUUGUUAAGCUUCUGAAACCCGUGCCUUAUCUCGAAGGUCUGGUCAUCGCUGCUUGUUCUUCAGGAAACAUGGGAAACCUUCCAGUAAUACUUGUCCCGGCAAUCUGCAGCGAGGACAAGAGUCCUUUCGGGAACCGGAGUGUUUGCAGAAGCCUUGGACUCUCGUACGCGUCUUUCUCUAUGGCGCUAGGAGGUUUCUACAUAUGGACUUACACAUUCCGAUUGAUAAAAGGUUCAGCUGCAACAUUCAAAGCCAUUGAGGAAUCUGAAGAGGCGGCAAUCAAACCAUCCAAUACUGACUUAGAGUCUGACCUCAAAACCCGCCUCCUCGAUUCACCUGAAGGCAGCAAUGCCGUGAGAAAAGACUCUGUCAAGGAAGAGGAAGAAAAGGGCUUUUGGAGAAAGGGAUUAGAGUUCCUCCAGCAGAUUCUGAAGGAGCUACUUGCACCACCUACAGUUGGCGCUAUGAUUGGUUUCCUGUUCGGUGCAGUUGUGCAGCUCAGAAAUCUUAUAAUUGGUGACAAUGCUCCUUUGCGAGUAAUCCAAGAUACAGCAAAAAUACUCGGAGAUGGCACGAUUCCUGGCAUGACAAUUAUACUUGGAGGCAACCUCUUACAAGGGUUACGUUCUUCAGCCAUCAAACCCCCUGUAAUAGCCGGGAUUGUCUGUGUUCGGUACAUAAUUCUCCCAGCUAUCGGUAUAGGGGUUGUCAAAACAGCUGAGAUUCUCGGGUUUCUCCCGGAAGAUCCUUUGUUUCAAUAUGCUUUGAUGCUUCAGUUUACCGUCCCACCUGCCAUGAAUAUCGGUACCAUGACACAGCUGUUCAAUGUGGGACAAGACGAGUGCUCCGUUCUCUUACUAUGGACAUACUUAGUUGCAGCUCUGGCCCUCACUGUUUGGUCCACAAUCUUCCUCUCCUUGUUAUCCUAGAGAACCUGCAACUCUCUCUAGACACAACAAGAUUCUGGUUCUUUUGCUAUUCAGAGACAGUGAAGAAACAUAUUCCAUUCUCUUCCCAUCUGUUUGGAGACAUUUAAGCACAAGCUGUGUAAGGCGCUCUGCCGUUUUUGCCGAUAAGGAGGCAUGGAUAAGAGUAAAAUGAUGGGCAUUUCUUGUAACCUAUUAUAAGAAAGAAAAAAAAAAAGCAAAAGAUUUGUACGAA